UUUUUAUCUCUGUUCUCUGUUUCUCUUCCUGUCCCAGUGUCAGUUUUUUCUGUUUUUCAAAAGACGGAGUGACAGAGUUUCAGUGGAUGUGACGAUGGAUCGCACUUUGUUCUGUGCGCUGUCAUUAUUCUUGUUGAAUACACUCCUCUACUGUGGACACAGUCAUGAUGCCGAGCUGACCUUUGAACCCAACUCGACCUAUUUAUUUACCGGAGAGUCUGCUAACUUCACAUGUGACAUGAGAGAGGGAAAUGACAAUGACUGGCAUUACAAAUUCAACCGGAAUGGUCAACAAAUUGUCUCCUUCAAUACAAACAACUGGUACUCAUUUGACCUGACGACUGACUCAAGUGGCGACUAUCAGUGCAUUGGUCGCCACAAGGGCUCAACAAAUUUUGAAAAAGAGAGUAAUAAUGUGACUCUAUCUGUAUCAGCACACAGACCCAAGGCCACUCUGAGAGCAGACAGAACUGGUGAACCAGUAGGGGCCACUGUGACACUGACCUGUUCUGAAGAAGGCUCUGCUGGCUGGAAAUACGAAUGGUUCAGACGUACCUCAGACUCUGAUGAAACUAUGAUCAUAACGGACGGAAGCAGAACAGAAAACUUCAUCAGUGUCUCACAGGGAGGUAUCUAUCGGUGCCGGGGAAGAAGAGGAAACACAGUUUUCUUCACAGAGUUCAGUGAUGUGUCUCGCGUCGACAUAACUUUGUCCAACAGGGCCUCUGUGACCCGGCAACAGAACUGGACUCACAUUAUUAGUGGUGAGGCAAUCACUGUCAUAUGUGAGAUCGAGGGUGGGGGAGACACUAAGUGGGAGUAUGAAUGGAGAACAACCGGCUCGAACACACCUCCAGCACACAGAGAAUACAGGAUUAGCAGUGCUUCUGUUUCCGACCAAAGCUACUGGUGGUGUAAGGGCAGAAGGGACUUGUAUUCCUCAACUGAAUGGAGUGACUCCUUCCCACUGAUAGUAUCACCUUAUAAACCCAGGCCCACAGUUGUGGCUGAUAAGAGGACCAUACCAGUUGAUAGCAAUGAAACACUGAUCUGCUCUAUGGAGAACUCCGCUGAGUGGAAAUACUACUGGUUCAGACGUAACUCAGUCUUUUCUGAAAGUCAGAUCAUUAGACAUGAUGAACAAGAUAACAUGAUCAGUAUCUCACAAGGAGGCAUCUAUCACUGCAGAGGAGGGAGAGGAUCUCCAGUUUUCUUCACAGAGGACAGUGAUCCAGUUACCAUUGAGAAAAGAGUUUCCAACAAGGCUGUUAUCUCCCUGCAACCCAACUGGCCUCUGUUAUUCAGUGGUGAGACGAUCACUGUUAGAUGUGAUAUUCAUGGAGGUGGAGAGUCUGAGUGGGAUUAUGAGUGGAGCAGAACCAACUCAGACACAAUUCCAACACACAAUGAGUUCAGGAUUAGCAGCGCUACUGAGUCCAACAGUGGUAACUACAGGUGUAUGGGUAAACACAAAUGGGACAUGUAUUCGUCAACAGAGUGGAGCGACAUCAUCACAUUGGCAGUUUCAUCACACAGACCAAUGGCUAACCUGAGUGCUGACAACAGAGCCUUUCCAGUAGGGGGCAGUGUGACCCUGACCUGCUCUAUGAACCCAUCAUCAUCUGGUUGGAAAUACUUCUGGUACAAAGGAGAGAAAACCUCUGAACCAUUAGCAAUGGAAGAUGCUGUUGCAAAUGGGGAAAUCCGUGUUUCCCAGGAAGGACUGUACUGGUGCAGAGGACAAAGAGGAAGCCCUGCUUAUUACACAGAGUACAGUGAUUCAAUCAAUGUUAACAAAAUUGUCACAAACAAGGCUGUUGUAAUCCUGAAACACAACUGGCCUGAGGUAUACUCAGGAGAGACGAUCACCCUAAGAUGUGAGAUCCAGGGAGGAGACACUGAUUGGGAUUAUGAAUGGACAACAACCAGCUCAUAUACACCACCAAACCAAAAGGAAUACUUGAUAAGUCCUGCUUCUUCAUUAUACGAUGGAGACUACUGGUGUAAGGGAAGACAGAAAAGAGCUCAACAGAAUUCAACAGGAUGGAGUAUUUCCUUCAAACUGACAGUAUCUUAUUAUCAACCCGUGCCUGUCCUCACUGUGUCUCCAUCAUGGCUGAGUCCUGGAGACUCUGUAACUCUGAACUGCGAGGUUGAACCUCCAUCUGCAGGAUGGAGGUUCUACUGGUAUAAGGCUGUUCCCAAAAUAUCAGACAUGGACAUCCCCCACGACACCCUCGAUUUGAUGGAUUAUGAUGACAUUCUGAGUUUCGACAGGUAUAAGGCUGUUCCCGAAAUAUCAGACAUGGAUAUCUACAACUAUGAGCUGCUACCUGGCAGCAGCAAGGGGACUGAACAGGAUUCCUACAUCGUACAUGGACAAACACACACAGCAGGAUAUAUGUGCAGAGCUGGAAGAGGAGAUCCAGUGUAUUAUACUGAUUAUACUGGACCAAAGUUUGUCUUGUCAGGAGACUUUCCAUCGCAAGUAUCUCUCACAGUGAGUCCUGACAGAGCACAACACUUCACCUCUGACUCUGUCUCACUGAACUGUGAAGGAAACUCCACAGAGUGGAGAGUGAGGAGGUAUACUGAGGAUAGAUACUCAUGGUAUACGUCACCAUACUGCUCUUUCUGGGGGAGUAUGAUUGGAUCCACAUGCCAUAUGCACCAUCAUCGGCUCAGAGAUGCAGUGUUCUGGUGUGAGUCUAGCUCUGGAGAGUUCAGCAAUGCAGUCAACAUCACUACAGAUGAUGAUAUUAUCCUGGUGAGCCCCGUCCAUCCUGUGACCGAAGGAGAUUCUGUUACUCUUGGCUGCAAGUUGACAACAGAACAAUUACUAUCCAAUGUCACUUUCUACAAAAAUAACAAACACAUCCAAAAUGGCAACAGAACAGAGCUGAAAAUCUCUGCAGUCUCAAAGUCAGAUGAAGGUUUCUACCAUUGUGCAUAUUCAGAAAGUGAAUCACCACAGAGCUGGAUGUCAGUAAAAUCAACCAGCUCUCCAUUUACUGUGCGGUUGAUUGUUGGGCUGGUUAUUGGCAUCUUACUGAUUCUUCUCCUGCCACUGCUACUGCUAUGCUGGUACAAAAAGUCAAAGGAUACAUGUUGUCACAGGCUCAUCCAGUCUCGUAGAACCAAUCAGAGCUCUGCUACAGUCCAAACUGUCAACCAAGAUGAAAAUCAACAGCAAGUAUACUCCUCUCUUCUCCAUGGUGAUGUUUGUGUCUAUGAAACAAUCAUUGGCUCUGGAAACACUGGACGUGGUGAACGGACAGAUAAUUACAGAAACGCUGUAUCCCAGAUUCAACUCAAACAUUUUGUAAAGAGAGGAAUGCAUGAUGAUCCAGCAGAAACCUCUGACUAUAGUAACGUGAAUGCAUCUGCAGGUUCAUAAAGAGAAGUGCAUCAUCAGCCAAAAUAGCAGAUGCAUGGACAACAACAUAAAUAGCAACAUGUUUAAACAGUGUUGACAGCAUUUAUUCCCUGUUGAUUUCUGCUGAAUUUCCUUUUCUAUUUUUGUAUAUGUUUGCUGCAAUAGUGUACUGAUUUUGUACAUUAGAUGCCAUAGAACUUUCUUUCUCCUUUCUUCUUUUUAAUGUCAAUAAUAGAGUUUAGCAAGGUGUUAUCUGCAGUCUUGUUAAACUUCUAUCAAUAACUAAUUUGAGCAGUUGAAUGUUUAUCACUUAUGUUGCAUUUUUGGUAAUUUCAUUAUUAAUAAUUUUAUAUAUGAAGACAGUUUGGUUUUAUUUUGUUAUUAUUUAUUUGUUAUGUUGAGCAUGUUCACUAUACUGUGUGUGCAACAGUGUGUGCUGCACUCAUCUGUGAAGCUGAUGUUAUCAUAGGCAUAUCUAGAUACAUAGCCUACAUGUAUUGUAUAUAUUAUUUUAAACAUAAAAACUGAUAACUUAGAACAUUUAUUGCCAAAUUUACAAGAAGGCACAAAUAAUUGAUGGAGACAGCAUGCCACAAACUUUCCCCUAACUCACAAAACUGCAUGAUUCUUGGAGAUGACCAAAACUAAUACAUUGUGGGUACUUUUGUUUCUUGUUUUUGUAUUGUAUUGUUUAUAACUGUACAUAUCUGUUUUAUCUUCUUUAAUAAAUGUUGUGUAAA